AUGUGCCCACUGUUUCCCAUUUCUUUUUCUCUUUCUAUCUAUCUAUCUAUCUAUCUAUCUAUCUAUCUAUCUAUCUAUCUAUGCCUGCUUCUUUUUUUCUAUCUUUUGUUUCUAUCUAUCAAUCUAUCUAUAUCUCUUUCUUUCUAUCUAUCUAGUUAUCUAUCUAUCUAUCAAUUUUAUUAUGUUGUUAUCUAUCUAUCUAUGCCUGCUUCUUUCUUUCUAUCUGUUUGUUUCUAUCUAUCUAUCUAUCUAUCUAUCUAUCUAUCUAUCUAUCUAUCUAUCUAUCUUAUUAUGUUGUUAUCUAUCUAUCUAUCUAUCUAUCUAUCUAUGCCUGCUUCUUUCUUUCUAUCUGUUUGUUUCUAUCCAUCUAUCUAUCUAUCUAUCUAUCUAUCUAUCUAUCUAUCUAUCUAUCUAUCUCAUUAUGUUCUUAUCUAUCUAUCUAUCUAUCUAUCUAUCUAUCUAUCUAUCUAUCUAUCUAUGCCUGCAUCUUUCUUUUUAUGUUUCUAUCUAUCUAUCUAUCUAUCUAUCUAUCUAUCUAUCUAUCUAUCUAUCUAUCUAUUUCUCCCUCAUACACACGCAUAUGCACGCACACUCUCUCUAUCUCAUGUUUGGCGGUUAAGGUCUCUCUAUUAUCUGUCUGAAUCUCUCACUGUAACUCACUCUCACUUUCAUUUUCAACGAUUAACGACUCUCACUUUUCAUGUCAUUUUUUGGCUCUCCCCGUCUCUCUCACUCUCUUUAUGUUUACGUUUAAUGUUUAACGAUUCUCUCUUUUCUGUUGAUAUCUUUCCCCUUUUCACUCACUCCUAUUCUUUCUUUAUCUUGGGUUUAAUAGUUUUCGGCUUCAUCCUGUCUUUGUGUUUCCCUCUCUCUUUCUCUUUCUCUGUCUGUCUGUCUGUCUCUAUUUUAACGGCUCACUACAUUCUGACUGUCUUUAUCUCUUCCUCCCACUCUAUCUAUCUAUCUAUCUAUCUAUCUAUCUAUCUAUCUAUCUUAUGUUUAACGGUUAAUAGAUCUCUCUUUUUCGAUUGUACCUCUUCCUUCACACUCACUCUCUCACAAACUCUCUAUCUUUAA